AUGGCCAAAUCAUUGAGAGUGAUUUCAGUCAGCAAACCUAAAUCCAUGAUGCGACCAACACAGUGGGAUGAAGCAGUAGAAGAGGCUUAUCGAUUUCAGUUAGCUGGAUACAGGGAUGAAAUAGAAUAUAGAGAAGUUCAAAGAACCGACCAUGUUGACAGAUGGCCACACAAUGGAUUUGUGAAGAAACUUAUUCGUCGUGAUGGAUGCUUCUACUACUAUAACAAAACACGUGAAUGCCCGGACAAGCAGAUAAAUAGAACCAAGUUAUAUGCUUAUUGA